AUGUGUCUCGUAGUAAAUGCUAUUAUUACUGGAUGGCUUUCUAUUGUUGGGGCUGUUUAUUGUACAUACCCUCGAUUUAUUUAUUUUGCCGGGUCUGCUGGUCUGGCUUUAUGGGGAUGUGAAACUGUAGCAGAGAUGAUCUUGGCUAUAAAUCGUUGUAUAGAGCUCAGCUCUCGAACGUGGGCAGAAUUUCUUUUCCAUGGAAAACGAACUUAUAUAUGGAUGAUUGUUCCAACACUUUAUGGGCUUUGGUUUUUUAUAUUUGAAAUGCCCAUUCAUUUUAGUGGAAUUUUUGUUUCGUGGUUUUUUAAUCCGCAUGUUGGGUAUUUGGAUGAUUUUGGGAAGAAGGUAAGGUUUAAAUGCAGAAAGUAA